AUGAAAUAAGUAAAUGGAAUAUUAGAUUAAAAGUCUGAAGCUAUUUAGCAUAUAAUGAAUUUGUAUGAUUAAAGAGGAGAUAUUCUCUUUAACAAAGUUUCUACAAAAUUCACUAGAAUAAAAGAUUUGAUAAAUUACACCAAAGGAUAGAUAGAUAUUCUACUUGAUGGAAUUUGUGACAUCGAAAAAGAAGCCCUUGGCAAAGUAUAGUAUAUAAUUAUGGACAAUCAUCCAAGGCAUGGAUUACCAGAAGAGGCAUUGCAGAAACUGCAAAAUUUUUAAUAAAAUAAACUUAAUUUAGGAUUAGGAAAAUAAAAAAAUUCAAUAAGCAGCAAAGCCUUAAAUAAUUAAUGUGAAGAAAUCAUGUAAGAGUUAGCUGAUGUUACGUUAGAUGUAAUUGAUAAAAAGAUUAACACUUUUGUUGAAAUAUUUACUACAAACCUAGAUUAAGUAAAUGCUAAAGUAGAUUAGUUAAUUAAGCAAAUUACAAAAAAAAACGUAUUCAAAUCAAAUUUCGAUCCCAUUUCUAAAAAAAUAACAAAUCGAGAUGUUAUUUGGGUUGAUUAUGAAGGAAUCACUCUUACUUAAAAUGAUAAGAUGUUAUUUGAUAAAUCUUCUAGAACAGCAUUUAAUAAAGUAGAUGUAGAACAUACAAGGGAUAUUAUAAUUGAAAGUGAGAAAAAUAGAGACGGAGAAUGUACAAUAACUGAUGUAAGGAAUGCUUUAUCAGCUUAUUAUUAUACACCAAGCUAUCUAGAAUUAAGACUUUCACACUUAGAUAAAAUAAAAGAAAAAGAUAUUAAUAAAGUAUUUGAGUAAAUAAAACCAUUUUUUAAUCUAGAAGAGCUUUAUAUUGAUUUUUCGAACUGGCAAUUUUCUAUUUUUGAAGAUGAAAAUAGGUACGUAAGUAGUUUAAGUGAAGCAUUAAGAUGUCUUCCUGCUUUACAAGUAUUGCAUCUAAAUAUUUCUAAUAUGAAAGGAGAGUAAUGUGAAAAUGAUUUAGACAUAGUAGACGAAACCAUAUAUAAGCUUUGUGAUACUUUAAGGGGACUAAAAUUAAUUAAUGAUCUUAGCCUUAAUUUAGAAGGAUUAAAAUCGUCAUUGACGAGUAGCAGUUUUUGUGAAUUAAUGAAGCUAAUUUAAGAGAAAUAAAAUAUUAAGUACUUAUCUCUAAAUUUUGGAGAAUGGUGCGAUUUGAAUAGCUAGAUAGACAGCUAUGAUUGCAUGAUAUCUUUGUGUAAUACUCUUUAACAAACUAAGAAGCUUGUUUCACUGGAUUUGAACCUUCUUUCAUUUAGCAUAGACUUUACAUUCUUAGAAGAAUCGCUAUUGGAGUUGACUAGUUUAAGUCAUUUAAUAUUAAAUGUAUAAGUCAUAUCAUAUGACGAUAAAUCUUAUAGCUAAAUGUUAAUAAGUAUUGCAAAGAAUAUGUAUUUAAGCGAGUGUGAUAUAAAAUCCAUAUCAAUUAUUGGAAAUUCCUCAUUUAACUAUCUAGAAAAUUUAUUGAGGUAAAAAGCAUGGCACUAUAGAUAAAUUUUAUGUAAAUUUGGAUUAAUAAAUCGAUACAUAGGUAAAUGUUUGAGGAAGGAAAUUAUUUGGGAUAUCUUCAAAAAAGCAUUAUGA